AUGGCUGCCCCUCACCACCUGACCAAUGAUGGCCCGGCCAGCCUGGAUCUCCACUCCCUGGGGCCAGCAGACAGCACAGACCUCGACCUGCUGCACGUGAAGAGCCGCAGGUCCCUGAAUGGCUGCGUCCCACUGUCCCAUCAGGUGGCUGGCCACAUGUAUGGCAAGGACAAAGUUGGUGUGUAUUAUGUCAGCUCACUGUUACUUAAUCUGUGUGUGCUUUAGCCUGCCCUGUGCCAUGUGUCACCUGUGAGGUCUCAUGGAGAGGGUGACCUGCCAUUUGGAGUGGGGUGUGAAGAGAUUGUUAAAGGAACACUCCUAGUACCACUAACCGCAGCACUGGACCACUGCGGUGGUUAUGGUAGUGUUCCUCUAGGCAGCAUUGCGUCAGUGUAGUCCCGGGCAUUGCGUCAGUGUAGCUUCUAAAAGCGUUUCAGAAUGGCUUGACAAAUCGCCUGGGACCGGUCGGGCGCCUGCGGAAGCGUCACCCAUUUUUGGCUGAGAUGAAUAAGCUGCAGGAAAAAAACCCACAUGUGGAGUGAGCAUCCAUUGUAAAGUGCUGCGGAAGUGAUGGCGCUAUAUAAAUACCAUAAUAAUAAUAGUGGAACCCAGAUAAAUUGUUUGAGAAGUUAUGCUGGUAUGGUGCCAGGGAACACCAGGCACCAUAAACGCUACAGUGGGCUGUAAUGAUUAUGGUGCUUCCAAUGUUUUUGUAACAUGAUACAUUCAUCUGUGCUGACCAGAUGUAUAGAUACCCAUCUGUUGAAAAAAAAAAAAAAAGUAGCCUCAGGCGUAGAGCAGUUUUUCAGAAUAAAGUUCAUUACGUGACAACCGCUACAGUAAUUAUGCUGACUAGAGGAACACUACAGUGUACGGAAUACAAACUUGUAUUCCAGUUGCUAUAGUGCCCUAUGUGCAGAUUUGUUUUGGGUUCCGUACGUUACUCCGGCCACUCCAUCUCCCACGACAUCAUCUGGCUCUCAAGGCACACCGAUACUCCUCUUAGAGUGCCACACGCACAUUCACGUGCUUCUCCUAGGAAAGUAUUGAAUUCAUUUCUUUUCUAUGAGCUGCAACUUCAUGUGACCAAGUUUUACUUGAUUGGUGGAAUUCCCUCUAGUGGCGAUCUAGGAAACAGUCAUUAUAGGGGUAUUUAACCCUGCAAUGGAAACACAAGUACAAAGCUACAUAACUUUUUUUUUUUUUUUUUUUUUUAAAUUGGGAGUUAAUGAAGAAGCAGUCCUUGCUUUGUUAAAGGGACACUGUAGGCACUCAGACCACUUCAGCUCAUUGAAGUGGUUUGGGUGUAAACUCCCAUCACCAUUAACCCUGCAGUGGUAAUUAUUACAGUUUUUAUAAACUGCAAUAAUUACCUCUGAAGGUUAACUCCUCCUCUAGUGGCUGUCUACUAAACAGCCGCUAGAGGGACUUCCGGAAUUGAAAUGUACUUUUGGUUCGUUAUCUGACACUGGACGUCCUCAUGCUAUGAAUGAGGACUUCCAGCGUCAGACUUUUCCCCAUAGGAAAGCAUUAAAUAAUUGGCCACUGCCGCGCAUGUGCAUUAGGUCUCCAUCGGCAGGGGAGGAGAAUGCUCGGAGCUGAGCAAGCACCUAGAGACAUCAGCGCUGGAUCCAGGUAAGUGACUUAAGGGGGGCGCAGCGGGAGGGGGCCUUGACAGACAGGAAAUCUAUAGUGCCAGGAAAAAAGGACAGUUUGAUUUCCUGGCACUAUAGUUUCCCUUUAAGCUGACUUUUCUGAAACUUAUCUGGACAAGGAUGGAAAAGAACGACACUGGAAAGUCAAGUUUGGUAAAGAAAUGGCAGGGAUUCCUUGCACCAUAACAACUUAAUCAAAAUGAAGUUGUUAUGGUUCCCAAACUUCCUAACUUCUGUCUCCUUGGACACAAGUUAAAAUGUCACCUUGUAGGGUCUUUGCUUAAAGCUAUGAUUAUAAAUUAGAAAUGUACGUUGACCAAAAAAUGUUGGCCUAGGAAUUUCAACUCUGUCUUAUUUAAAUUGAUGAGAUAUUUUACAAGUUAGAAAAGUACCAACUUCAAAUAAUUGUCUAAAAUGAUUUUUUUUCCCAAUACUGAGCGUACCCACAUGAAAAAAUAAUGUAUUUUAAGGUAUAUUGCGCUAGUAUAGAAGUUCUUUGAGUGGUGCACAGUCUUGGCUACGGGGUUGUUUAGCAUAAAUGAUUUAGUAAUUCAUUUUUCCGAAGUAGUUUGACUCACUAGGGCAGGGAUUGGCAAUAAUGCUGUCAAAGUGUCAGGGGAGAUGUAGUCCACAACAUCUGGAGUGUCAAAGGUUACCCCCAGCACUAGGUGUUGCGCAUGAUCGUGCACCUAGAGUUUUGAAUUAUUUAAACACAAGCAGGAUUAUGAAUUUAAACUGGAAUUGACCAAUAACUUCAUAUUUUAUGUCAAAAUAGCCAAGUUGGUAACAAUUUUGCAGUUUGUCUGCUUUUGCCUCAAAUUAUAAAAUUGUCUGGUCAAUUCCUGUCUUAGUUAAAGGGUUACCCCAACCACCACGACCACUUCAGUAAUUUGAAGUGGUCACGGUGGUAGGAGUCGGAAUGUGCAGCGUUUCUUUUUGAAACACUGCACAUACUGAUAUAUUGUUAAUUGUGUACUGGGGGCUAGUUGCACCCCCAGCACACUUGGCAUUGGCCUAAUUUCAGUUCUGUGCAUAAACUACAUCUGUGGUCGGAACGCACAUAAUAAUAAUAGUGGAACCCAGAUAAAUUGUUUGAGAAGUUAUGCUGGUAUGGUGCCAGGGAACGCCAGGCUCCAUAAACGCUACAGUGGGCUGUAAUGAUUAUGGUGCUUCCAAUGUUUCUGUAACAAGAUACAUUCAUCUGUGCUGACCAGAUGUAUAGAUACCCAUCUGUUGGGAAAAAAAAAAAAGUAGCCUCAGGCGUAGAGCAGUUUUUCAGAAUAAAGUUCAUUACGUGACAACCGCUACAGUAAUUAUGCUGCCUAGAGGAACACUACAGUGUAUGGAAUACAUUUCUAACAGACACAGAAAUCUUACUCUUGCAGGGGGAAGCUAGCUCUCUCUCACUGUGCUCCCUCUGUGUAGCAUUUUUAAAAAACAAAACAAAAACCCUCCCUCUUUCCCACUCACUCAGAUUCCCUCGCUGGCCCGGAGCGGGUAUAUGCUCUCCAAACUGGCAAUUGGUCCAGUCACAGGCUUCUAUAUGAGAGUCCUGUGAUAGGACUGUGUGCAGCCCCAGUCAGGAGGGGACGCAGAAGAGCAGCACUGGGAACUUCUUCCAACUCUGAAUUUAAGGUGAAUAAAACCUUCUUUUUUUUUUUUUUUUUUAAUUGAGAAGGGGACCUUCCCCACAGUGCCCAGUAUGGCAUAUUACCAGAAAGGUCCCCCCUCUCAAAAAGCUUAUAGUAACCCUUACAAACUGUAGACUUCUCGCUGGUGCUGAUUCUCAUGGAUUAUGCAAAAAUAUGAUUUACACACAUAAUCUAAAAAAUAAUACUUUUGUAACCUGGUUUUUGGAUUCAGUGAAAAAAGUAGUGCUUUAAAGGGAUACUAUGGUGUUAUGAAUAUAAACCUGUAUUCCUAAGUCUAUAGUGCUUUUCUAAUUAUUUAGUUGACCACCCCAUUAGCAAUAAAAAAAGCAUUCUACUUACCUUUCAGACUAUGAUUCGUUGGUCUUUGCACUGCCACCCCUCCUCUCUGGCUGAGAUCAUAGGAAAGCAUUGGGAGUCCAGUGCGCAAAUUGAGGUGCUGUGCCAAUCAAAAGCUCUCUACAAACAUUUCAUUUUCAACCAGACGAUAACUUACUUUAGAAGUUUUUCUCAUGCUCUGCAAAUUGCACUUUAAUCACGCACAGGAGACUCCUGUAAGGUUUAGCAAACCACUAACGGUGCAGGAGAUAAGAUUUUCUAAAUUAAAAACACUCUGCAAUAAAGGAAGUAUAAACAUUAGAUGUCACUUUACAGGAAGUGUUUAGAAAGGUUGUACACGUUAUAUGCAGAUGGGGUAUGACUAUAGCUGCAUGAACAAAGUAAUUUGACUUGUUAAUGACAGAGAACUGAGCAGUGAGACUGCAGGGGCAUGAUCUGUAUGACAAAACUCCUUCAUUAAACUAAAUUUGUUUUGGAGACUAUACCUUUAAUCGUGCAAUGAAAACAUUUCUUGUUCCUACAAAACUGCAGUGUUUUACAUUGCAGAGUUAAAACUGCAGGGGCACUGCACACAGACCAUUUCAUUAAGCUAAAGUGACAUAGAUGGUUUUAGUGUCCCUAUUACACCACAUUGAGUUUGUAGUCUUGAAAGCUAUGAUUUUUUAUUUUUUUUAUUUUAGUGAAAAAAUUAAAGUAUAGUACUCUAAAUAGUAGGCUAAACGUGACUCAUAAGAAUUUUGCUGAAAUGCACAAUUGCUUAAUUACAUGGUAAUGUUGAGUAAGCAUCAUAUUGCAUGGUUUAUGCACUAAACUAGUGAAAUGGCUAUCCAAUUGUAACAUGGAAAAGUUGGCUAAAUGAGGACGUUGGCAAUUUUUCCAAAUUGUUUCCUUAAAUGUGUAAUGUGGCUGUCAGUUGCACAGUAUUUUUCUAAUUCCUGGUUUAGUGAGUUAUCUUGUACGUCUAAGCAUUAUCGUUUAUUAACUACACUUGCAGUUGUGGAGAAUUUACAAAGGAAUUACACACUUGCAGUUGUGGACAAUUUUUUGAUUUGGCUUUUUUUUUUUUUUUGCAUAACAUGACCCACUUCCUUGUAAUUUCUCUACAGUAAACCUCUUUAUCCUGCAAGACAUUAACUUUUAAAGAAGCUCACUGAGGUGACCCCAUUACAACCUAAUUUCAGGGCCAAUGGAGGAAUUUAACUUCCUCUUUUGAUAUCCAAAAACUGUCCAGCUUUGGAAUGCUACAUAUGCACUCUUUAUGCACAACUUGGAUAAGGCAUCUCAAGUCUCCACUUGUCAGUACUAGAAAUAACACAAGCCACAAGUGCUGCUUGCUGUGUCACUGGUUCAGGAGAUUUCUGUACAUGACUUGGUACACAAAAAUGUGAACUGGGUUGUGAAUAUGUUGAUUGACUAGAACUCUAAUUGGGAUUGGGAGCUCAAUUACACAUUCUAUUCAGCACUACUAGACAGCGAUUUAUGGGGUUAAAAAUCCAUAUACAAAAAUGAGAGGCUCCUAAUUGGUUGAGACUUUCCUGGUUUGGAAAGUGUCAGUUUGCUGCAGCAAACUAUAUAUUAGCUAUAUAAGCAUUUAAAGGGACACUGUAGUCACCUAAAUAACUUUAGCUUAAUGAAGCAGUUUUAGUGUAUAGAUCAUGCCUCUCAGCUUUCACUGCUCAAUUCACUGCCCUUUAGGAGUUUAAUCACUUUGUUUCUGUUUAUGAACUGGCUCAGAUUGACACAGCCUGCAUGAACUGGUUUCACUUUCAAUCAGAUGUAAUUAACCUUAAACAAUUUUAUCUCUUGUUUUGUAAAUGUAACUUUAAUCACAAACAAGAUCCUCUUGCAGGGUCUAGCAUGCUAUUAGCAUAUCAGGGGAUAAGAAAAUCUAAGUUAAACUGAACCUGCAAUAAAGGAAGGAAGGAUAAACAUUAGAUGACUCUUUAGAGGAAGUGUUUAGUCACAUGGAGUGAGGUGUGAUUAGGGUUUAUAAACAAAGUGAUUUAACUCCUAUAUGUCAGAGAAUUGAGCAGUGAGACUGCAGGGGCAUGAUCUCUACACCAACACUGCUUCAUUAAGCUAAAGUUGUUUUUGGUGACUAUAGUAUCCCUUUAAUGCAUUAAGAGGGAGUGUGAUUUCCUGCAUAUUUCUCUUUAAAGUACUCUUCUUAUAUAAUGAAUACAUCCUCUAGGCAUUUUUUUUUUUUUUUUUAAUACAUGGAUGAUAGCGCUCUGUGGAGAGGGAGCAAAAGGCUCACACGUCCAUCUUCAUUGGUGGCCAAGCUCUGCCCCAUCCUCUAGGCAAGGCAUAGGCAACCUUCGGCACUCCAGAUAUUUUGGACUACACCUCCCAUGAUGCUUUGCCAGUAUUAUGGGUGUAAAAGCAAUAUGGGGGAUGUAGUCCACAGCAUCUGGAGUGCCGUAGGUUGCCUAUCCCUGCGUCUAGGCAUUCUGAUUUGUGCGACAAUAUUUCUUGAAAGAAUCAGAUGUUACAAUAAAGUAAUGAAAAUUCUGUGUUUGGAUGGAGUUAAUACUGGUUUCUCUCUGGUAUUAACCCUAGUGCGUAUGUGUGUGUGACUGUGGUGUAAAUUGUUGUUCAUUAUGUUAGGUGUGACAUGCAGGCCAACUUUCCCUGCAAUAAGUGUAUUUCAGUUUACAUUGCCAGGACAUUUCCUACGUGUUCUUUCCUCAUUUUAAUGCAGUACAAAUCUGGGCACUCAGCACUUAGAGAGUGGGAAAAAUCAACUUGGUAUACUUCAGGCUGUCUAAAAUUGCAGGAUUCCAGGAUUGAUUCCCAUUAGUGUAGUUUAUUAGAUUUUGGAUUACAAUUUCUGUCAGAUGGAGUCUGACUGCAAUGACACAACUCAGGCUUUUUGCUGAUGCAAAUGUCAGGGCUCAGCCAUUAAUUUGAUUUUGUGGUAUACUUAUUGUCACAUAUAUCUGUAAUAAAAAGCAGGAUAGAAAUCUGGCAAAUGGUGGUGGUAAGUGCCAUGAUGCUUACAAGUGUGUGUGGGUUUUUUAUUUUUUUAGGUUGAUUACUGUGGUAAUCAAAUGGCAGGUAAUAGUGUCAAACGGUAAAGAAAUAAGCAAAGCUAACUUCAUCUCAGUGUCCUUUUAACCCUGCAGUAUAAAACACGUCUACAUUAGUGUUAGGUCUACCUCCUGUGAUUGUCAUUAUGACCACUAGAGGUGCACUGACAGAGUAAAUCUUGGCCAUGUGAUCUGAAAGCCUCAUAGAAAAGCAUUGAUUCAUGGGGACGUUGGAACAGGGCUUGACAAAUUUGUUUGGGAUCUAGGAGCCAGUUUUUUUGUUGUUUUUUUUUAACUAGCGAUUAUUAAUUUACGAGAAAUAUACAAUUCUUAAAGGGACACUAUAGUCAUCAAAAUCACUACAGCUUAAUGUAGUUGUUCUGGUGCCUAUAUCCUGUCCCUGUAGCCUUUUCAAUUUAAACGCUGCCUUUUCAGAGAAAAGGCACGGCGUCGGAAAGAAAGUGCGUAAAAACACCUCUCUCGUGAUCGGAGGGAUGCAGGUACCUAAACACACACACACACUCUCUUUCCAUUUUAAUUCUAAUCCACUCAGCCUCACUACCUUUGGGAGAGUUGAGUGGAUUUUCCCUGGGGUCCAGUGGGACUGCUCUUCCUGUCUGUGAGGGAGCAGUAGUCUACCUGCGGCUCCUCUCUGCUCCCUGUAGGGAUGCCAGGGCCGGAAUUACGUCAUAUUUCGGCUCCCGGCAUCCCUAUGCAGCGUGAGGGAGCAGAGAGGAGCUGCUGGGAGAUUACUGCUCCCUUGUGUGCUGCCCCAGCCUGCCUCGGCCACCUGCACACAAUCCAGGGCGGCCGCCUGCAGGCUCACUGAGCCGGCCGGCUCCAUUGUUUCCCCAUCCUGCCUUUAGCUAAAGGGCUUCAAAUCUCAGGUGCCAGGGCCAAAUUUCUAGUCGCCAUGGGGACCUGGUGCCUGGGAUUUGUCGAGCCUUGCGCUAACAUGAGCGGUACGGACUAAUCAUGGCGUGUUCGGACUCUAUUGCUCCUCUAUGAGGCGCUUAGAAAUUGACAUCUGCGGAGGCCAUGCCUUCUCUGUCGUUGGAGCCGGAGAGGUAAGCAAGAGAGCCUCGACGCUGGAAAAAGGUUACUAAAUCUUUACUUUUUAAUGCACCAAGUGAGGGAGUCAUUAAUACAAGCAGGGUCAGGAGCACGUUUUGUAUUUCUAAAGCUAUAGUGUUCAUUUAAGUGUUAUAUUUGCUAAUGCUCAUCCCAUAGCCACUGCAUUCCAUUCUUAUUUAAAAAGUCAGGUGCAUUUAUCAUGUCUAUAGAAUUGUUGGAAUUUUUGAAAUUUUGUAUAUCCAUAACGUUCUUAUUUCUAAUCUCUUGUCUAGACAGAACUUUUGUUUCAUGUAAAGCAGUAUUAUGCUUCCAUCACGGCUGGUAACUGCAAAUUCCUGGCAUAGAGUUACUUAAUCGAAGAAACAGCACAUUGUAAUGGCUAUGGUGGCUAGAGUGCCCAGGUGACCCUUCAUAUUUGAAGUAGUUAAACAGUUUUAGAAAAGUUUGACUUCUUACCCGGGGUCUGUUUGAGCUAAGGCAGGCUGUGCAGCCAAUGAGCUAACGGAACUCCAGUUAAGAAGUUAAAUUUCUCAAAUACUUUUUACUCCUUACAAUGGUGUCAUCUUCGGGGGAGGGAGAAGCCUGUCUUAUCCCCUUCUCCUCCUGUCUUUUUGGGCUCACUCACACCAUCCUAUCUAGUUGUUUAAGGGACUUUGGACAGGGAGGCCCAAAUCCAUGAGACAUCAUGGCUUUAAUAUUCAUAGCUAUCCGACUCCUCGGGAGCCUUCUUUGACCUGGCCAGUGCGCUCUAACGUACUGCCUCUCGGCUGAUGUACACUCACAGAUGAAAUCGCAGUUUGCAGAUGUCUUCCUUUUGAAAGAAUUGGGCUACAAACCAGAACCACUGCAGUACAUGCGGACAGUGGGCUGGAUGGAAUUCGUGGCUCGUAUCUUGCAGAUCCUGGGGAAAUCCAUAACUUUGUGCUGUGCAUUGUAAUGGUGCCAUCUACAUGCACUCUUCUGCUUUUGAAGGAACUGGGUGCCAGUGCACUGUAGUAGUUAUGGUGCUUGGAAUGUUACUUUUAAAACCUGCGGUCACAGAUAUUUUGCUGCCUGAUGAUGGUAGUAACAGCUCGUCACAGAGCUUUGCAUAAUUUCAAGGUUUGCAAUGAACUUCCUCCUUGCAGAUUGUGCCAUGCUGUGACACAGCAUAGUCCAUCAGCUUUAUUGCAGGUUCUAUGCUGUAAUCAUUGGUAAAGUUCCAUUGUCAGUUCUAUCAUGAUGUAGGAAUGUGGAAUUUGUAUCUUCUGAUCCCAGGGCAUGUAGUUUUCAUGCAAUUUUAUUAAAAUUUUUGCCUUUAGCCCAGCUGUUGGCAAGCAUCAGGGAAGUCAUAUGAUAGACAGGUGUAUGAGGGCCAUGAGUGUUAAGUCUGCACCUCUGGCAGGUGCAGGCCUGUUUAAUUGCUGCCUUGAGGUUCAGUGUAGAACUUAUGCUGUCCCACUAGACUGCCAGAGAACCUGAUUCCCUAUUGGAUUACCAAUUAUGUUUGAUGUAUUUGUUGUAGUAACUAUUUUCAUGCUCAAAAAAUAAGAUUUAGCAAGGUACCCACAUUUGCAUGCAUUAACACUACGAAUGGCGGCAUUUUGGGUAGGGUAAAUUGAUAUACGCCUUGCAUGUCAAACUCAAAGGCUAGCGCAGACCAAAUAAACAAGGUCUAAGUUUAUGUGGGCCGCAAAAAAAAACAAAAAAACUUUACUUUUCAAAAUAAACAUACAUUUCUAUGAAAAUUUAAGUAUAUAAAAAAAAAUAUAUACUGUUUAGUAGAUACAGCAAUGUUAUGUUUGCAGAGUUAACACACCUCCAGUGGAGGGGGCUAUAAUCUAAAUAGUUAGUUGGGCACAAUAAUGUUAUUGGUACAUGUUUAAAUUAACUACAAUAUAGUUCUUGUAAUCUAGGUUAAAAAAAACAAUACUCACAUCUAUAUAGUUCAACCUUAAAACACAUUCCUUUAUGCUACUGAUCCCAAGCCCACAAUUGUAGAGAUUUCUAGUUAUGCCACAAAAAGGGGAAAAAAAUCCUUCUUGACUCCAUAAUGGCAAUCUGAUUUCUCCUGUGAUCAACAGAUUGUUCAUUCAUAUUAUAUAUUUGAAUAUUCUGUUUAUUGCAAAUAGUGUUCCUUUAAGGAAACGGCACUGGGUUUCUUCAUGUCCCUAAAUGUUCCUUUUUGUGUAUUUAUCAUACAAUGUUUGUUUACUGUUAUAUGCUUGCCCAGUUACUUCACCUUUGCUACCAUUUUGCAUUCUGAGCAAAAACACACACUGUAAAGGAACAUUUUAUUGGAAAUAAAAAAACCUAACCUUACCCUUAACCUCCCCCUUAAUAAAAUUAAAAUUUGGGGCGGGGGGAAAGGUUUUGCUUUUUUCUGCUUUCCAUGACAUCACACAAAUGCUAAUAAACGUCCAAUCCUAAUACAGAAGCAUUGGGGACGAAAAGCACAUGUGUGGCAGUACUGUGCGUCUCUUAGCUGUGAGAACCAGGUUUAACUCUGUUCGUAUAACGGAAGACCCUCUGGAAGACAGCCACUAGAGGCGUAUUUACCCCUGUAAUGUAAGCAUUGCCAUAUUUUUCUUAAUGACAAUACUUUACAUUGCAGGGUUUAAAUGAAAGGACUAAGACACUGAUAGUCUAUUUUACAAAAAUAUAUAAAAGACAAAAAAGGUCCUUAAAAUAAAAUAAUGUUAAAAAAAUAAAACUUUGCUAUUGCUCAAAACAAUAAUAAAAAAGAGGCAAAGAAAAAAAAAAAACUAAAACAUAUUUGAAAAGUUAAUGGACUGAAUGCUUGACAAGUGAAGUUAUGUAACUAGAAACAAUUGCUAAGAAAUAAUCCUAACAAAGUGUUUCAGGAGGCUUGAAACAAAAAGGUUACUUCUAUAGAAGCACAAUUUACCAGGGCCUUUGCUGUGUGGACCAAAAUGAGAGCAACUACAACCAAUAACACUAGAUUUUGGGGAUUGUUCUUCUGGUAAUAUCCAAACUGAUAGUAGAAAAAAAAAAAAAUCACACGCUAAAUUCAACUUAAAGGACCACUAUAGGGACCCAGACCACUUCAGCUUAAUGAAGUGGUCUGGGUGCCAGGUCCCUCUAGGAUUAACACUGCUGCUGUAAGAGAAACUGCUAUGUUUACAAAUGGGUUAAUCCAGCCUCUAGUGGCUGUCUCAUUGACAGCCGCUAGAGGCGCUUCUCACUGUGAUUUUCACAGUGAGAAGACGCCAGCGUCCAUAGGAAAUCAUUGAGAAUGCUUUCCUAUGAGACUGGCUGAAUGCACGCGUGGCUCGUGCGGCGCAUGCGCAUUCAGCCGAUGACUGGAAAGGAGGAGGAGAGUCCCCAGCGCCGAGGGAGCCCGGCACUGGAAAAAAGGUAUGCAACCCCUUCCUCACCCAGGAGCCCGGUGGGAGGGGGACCCAGAGGGUGAGGGGAACCCAAGGGCCCUAUAGAGCCAGGAAAACAAGCCUUUAGUUAUUAGUCCAUUAACUUGUUGGGUGGGAAGCGUUAUUAUUUUCACUGUGUGUUAAACAAAAAAAAUGCUCAAAGAAAUGCUACUAAGAGGCACAAAACUUGCUCUAUAUGUAUCUAAAAAUUGUGUGUGUGUGUGUGUGUGUGUGUAUGUAUGUAUGUAUGUAUAUAUUUAUUUCCUCAAAAUGGUAUUUCCUUUCUUCAUUGUGUGUGUUUUUUUUUUUUUUUCCUUUCCUCAGGGAUAUUACAACAUCCAGAUGGGACUGUACUGAAACAAUUGCAGCCACCGCCACGUGGACCAAGAGAACUGGAUUUCUAUAACAUGGUAAUUAUUCUGCUGGUAUUAACUAACCAUUCUACUUGUACUAGUCUACUUGAGUCAUCUCAGUAAUACAUGGAUACAUACAGUGGUGAGAAAAGGUUUGCACAUCGCUAUAGUGAUAUAAUCUAUUAUUAAUAGAUAAAGAUGACCUUAAAGUAGUUAAAGUUGUUGUAAAUUCAGACUUAUUUUUUUUGAGUGUUAAUCUGACAAUUUUAUUACGUUUCCAAUCUGAUUAGUAAAGCGUUUCCUGCAUAUUUCUUUAGUAAUUUGAGAAAUCAAACCCAGAUGAGACGAUUAUUUUUGACAUUCUAUAGUUUGAAAAAUAAUGCACGUAAAAAUGAAAUGACAGAGGAGGGAAACAAGAGUGUUCGAGACAUUAAUACAAAACAUGACAUAACAAUUGCAAGUUCGAUUAAACAUAAUAUUCUAUCUAUAUAUAUAUAUAUAUAUAUAUAUAUAUAUAUAUAUAUAUAUAUAUAUAUAUAUAUAUAUAUAUAUAUAUAUAUAUAUAUAUAUAUAUAUAAAUAUAUAAAACCCGGGACAGCUGGAGGGUGGUAAGGUUAAUGAGAGGUGUGUAACAAGUGUACAUAACCCAGGUGUCUCCAGGAAUGGAACAGUAAAUAUGUUGAGCAGAGAAACAGGAGUAAGAUGGGGUAGGGGGUCGAUAUAUUUACGGGUGUAGUAUUACAUUCUAGUAUAAGGACUUUGGUCAAGAUGCAUAAGAUGUGGGGAAAAAAAAGAAGCUAUUGUGCGUUAGGUCUAUUCUGGAGAAAGUAUCUAGUGAUGAAUACAACCUGUGUAGAGGAACUGGGGAAUUAUGCAGUGAAGUGAGUUACCCCUAACCAAGGGCGCAGUGGUGGGAUGGGACUGGAGGGAACUAAAGUAACCAAAACGGGUCGGCCUGGGUCGACCCAAAACCAUACAUAGCAAACUAUACUUCUGUAGCUUGAACCCUGCUUUUCAUCUUUAAAAAAAAAAAAAAAAGAAAAAAAACACACAAGAUUUGCAAAGGUAGAAAAAUAAGAAAACUUGGGAAGAAAGUGUGAAUAUUGAGCAAGGAUAUCCAAACUUCCACUGUUUAGCUAACAAACAGGUGUUAACUUCGAAUGGUACCGUCACCAGCAGUAGUCCGGUAACUGGGCCUUGGGAUCCCCCUGGUCUUGGGACAGAGGAAGUGAUGGUGACAGUGUCCCAGAUCUCUCAGGCAAGGCAGUCCCAGGGCUUCCAGAAUGGUGGGUGCUGCAGCUAUCGAUGCAGGAGUAUGUGUAGUCUCCAUCAGCGAUCCUGUUGUUUCCCGUUUGUAAGAUAUUCCAGCAUUCCUCAGUUGUGACAUGACUUCUCUGAGGGACUUGUGUCAAAUCAGAGAGGCUCUGCUGAGGGGAUGAGGAAGGGUAAUAUUUGACCCAUAAAUGUCAAAAUAGAUGUAAAUCUUAGGUAUGUGAGGUACUCGGGACAAAUAAAUCACUUUAUUCAGGUUUUGUUCUGGAUGCCCUAGUUUUGCACAAAUUAUAGUGGCAAAAUGGCAACAAAUGUUAUUUACAAUCAAUAAAACAGUGGAAGAAAACAAUACAAGAUAUGGCGUUUUUUUUUUAUUUUUUAUAUUGAAGCCAGAGAUUACUGUAGUAGUCAAAUGACACAAUUUAUUUUGAUUGUUAUAGGUUUUUACAAAAGACUGCACCGACCAUAACCUCCUUGACCUUCAGAAGUUUUUGCCAAAGUAUUUUGGCACGUGGUCACCAUCAGGAUCUGCAAAUGGUAUGCAUACUCACAGUAAAUAGAAUCAAAUUCAUAGAAUUCAGUCUUUCACGCUAACCUUUGCCAACACUGAAGUAAUAUACAGUUUUGUCUUCCUUGAGGCAUAGAAAUUCCACGCAGAAUAGCACUUUAAAUUUCUCGCAGGACCAGGUAGCUUGUUCUAGAAUCCUGGUCCCUCUGUUGUGACUGUGAUAAUUCUAAAUUUUAACUGCACGUUGUCAGUUCUAACCUGUUAAUGAUAGACUGUGAGCACUAGGCUAGAUGUAGUGGUUAUGGUGAAUCAAUUAUUAUUAUAGUAAAUUGGUUAAACUCCCACCUUAGUUAUUGUUUUAAUAUAAUUUUGGAAUCAUCAAGGGGAAUUUAUAUUUAUUUGUAAACAUGCCACAUUCUCGUUUUUUAUGUUCUUGUAACAUAAGAUCUAACCUGCACACUGCUUUUAAAUGUAUUGUGCAUUUUUAAUCAUAAACCUUCAUAUUGCAAUCCAGUUUUCAGAUCAACAAGUGCAUGUUUUCAAUUUGCUAAAGGUACAAUCUGGUCCUCAUGAAAGACAUCAUGCCCGCAUGGAAUUUCAGUUUAUUUGGCAUUUGUUCCUUUGUACAGCUCUGCUGUCAUUAGAAAGGCAUUACAUUUUGGAAAAGGAUUAUUAAGGAUUAGAUUUUCAUGUGAUAGACAGUCAUUGGUACUUGUCAGUUUAGUGAAACAAUCAAAUAACUGGCCAUAAAUACAAUGUUACGUUGACAAGCAGGAUGUAUGGCUUCUAAUGGUUAAAGGGAUCACUUCAUUAAAGUAGGAAAAAAUAGUAAAUAUUGCCCAACAGAAAAUAUGCAUAUAAUUUGUUAUGCAUGUUGUUUCCCCCCCUUCCUUGCUUUACGGGGGUACAUGAAAUCUUGGCUUGCAAUAGGAAUAUAUAUAGGAUCCCAUUUUUAGCCCCCCCCCCCUUUCUUUUCCAGCACAGAACUUCUGUGGCAGUCCAGUAACAGACUUUUCUAUGAGAUUUAUAAUAGUUCACGAGAAGACUUUGCAAGGCAGAUGCUCUGUGCAGGCACUACCUGAAGCUAAACUAUCCGGAAGCAUAGGAUCGGCUGUCUGACAUUUGAGGAGUUGCAGCAAGGUUAAUUUUUAAAAGCGCUAUGUGGAGUGUUCCUUUAAUGUUUAUAUAACACACUGUGGCAUCCAUAAUAAUGUAUUCAUUUAUCUGCAAAUAUGUGCCAUGCAAAAUAAACAUAUAUUGAUCUACCAUGUUGACAUUUGCAUAGUUAGAUUUGCGUUUUGUUUUUCCUAGAUCUUUAUUUAAAACUGGAAGAUGUAACCCGUAAAUUUAAUGAACCAUGUAUCAUGGAUGUGAAAAUUGGUCAGAAAAGCUAUGAUCCAUAUGCAUCUUCUGAAAAGAUCCAACAGCAGGUCAGCAAGUACCCACUGAUGGAAGAAAUUGGUUUCCUGGUACUAGGUAUGAGGGUAAGUGUGUUGGAUGUCUCAAUUUAUAAUUUUACACUUUCUGACAAAGAUUUACCAUGUGAGCAGUUUGCAACUUCUGUAAUUGUAUUUAGCAGGAGCUAACUGUGGUGUUAUUUCUUGUUUUUUUAUUUUUUUAUUUAUAUUUUACAGUAAAAGGCACUUGGUGACACAUUUUAUCUCAGUUUAUGUUCAUCCCGUUUCUAGCUCAUGCUUAUAUCUAUUUAUUAAGUUUCUGUGAACCUAAAGGGACACUACAGUCACCAGAACCACUAUAGCUUAAUGUAGUGCUUCUGGUGUCUAUAGCCUCUCCGUGCAGACUUUUCAAUGUAAAGGCAAUUGUUACAAAGCUGAAACUUUUCUUUUCAUUUUUAUGGCAUAUGGGGUGGUGCAGCUAUUCUAAUUCUAUAGUGUUCCUUUAAGUGAAACUGAAUUUGUGGUAGAAAUAAUUUUUUGUGCAAGAUACAUCCAAUUUAAUUGGGGAAUGGAUGCUUCCAAUUAAAUAUUUCAUGCAGAAAAUAGAUAUCAAAACAAGUAACCUGCUAAAAGUGUUUUUUUUUUUUUUGGUAACCAUCUGUUUACACAGCCUGCUCCGUGCAGAACAGGCCUAGAACCUGUUAAAUUACAGUGCUUGUCUGGCACUGAAUUGGGUUAAAUGCUUUUAAUAGGGAUUAUCAGACAUUAUCCCUCACAUAAAGCUUUUACACCUACUGUUCUAAAUCCUGAUUUGGGUAUUGGAGCAGAGUAAAACAUAAUAAGCCUGCGGGGAACUAAUUUUCUUUCAGUAAAUUUUGCUAGAGCCUCUCGAUGAGUCAUGUUUUGUCAGCUCAGUGCCACCUCCCGUUUUUUGUUUCACAAGUGAAAAUGAACACUGAGCAAGGCGUUGUGGUUUUUUUUAAAUGUAAUUCUUUCGGUAUGUGCACAGACCGACACUUUUUUGUUUUGGUGAGGAUUUACUUUCAUGAAGUCUAUUAAAGUAAGGAGAGCAUAGUUUUAUUUUUGUUUUUACAUUGCCUUGUAAUGGGGAAAGCAAAUCUAGAAUUUUGUGUAUGUAUGUAUGUAUGUAUGUAUGUAUGUAUGUAUGUAUGUGUAUAUAUAUAUAUAUAUAUAUAUAUAUAUAUAUAUAUAUAUAUAUAUAUAUAUAUAUAUGUGUGUGUGUGUAUAUAUAAAAUUUUAUUAUAAAUCUAACCCCCCCCCCCAACCUUACUGUUGACUGACCCUGACUUAGGUACGCUCUGUUUGCUCUUGGAUGGUACUUGACAAGUAGCACAUCUCAUUGUUUAUAUAGUUUUAUAAUAUUUCUUUACAUAUUUUACCUUCCAAAGGAAGAUCACCCUUGCAAAUGACUGUCUGCAUCAAAAUAUUGCAUUUUUGUUAUAUAUAUUUGAUAUUCGGUUUCUCCAUACAUGUUUUGGGGAGAAACCUCUUAGAAUUGGUGAAGGAACUUCAUUUUGAGACCAUAUCUGGCCUCUAUAGAUCAAUAAAGCCUGGCACUCUCUCUUAUAGGGUUGUUGACUAAAGUGUAAAUGUUUUCUUUUUCUUUUUUCAUUUCAGCUAGUUUAAUCUUAAAGGACCAUGUAGCACCAGGAAAACAAACUGUUUCCUGGCACUGUGUAGUCCUUAGGUCCCCCCACCUUCAUGGCCCCCCUCCUGCUGGGCUGAAGGGGUUAAAACAUUUGCCUUUCUCCAGCGCCGGGCUCCUUUGGCGCUGGGGAACUCUCCUCCUCCUGCCGACGUCGGCGCCAAGAGCCACGCACGCAUUCAAACCACCCAUAGGAAAGCAUUACUCAAUGCUUUCAUAUGGACGUCAGCGUCUUCUCAAUGUGAUUUUCACAGUGAGAAUUGCGGAAGUGGCCUCUAGUGGCUGUCAGUGAGACAGCCACUAGAGGCUGGAUUAACCUUCAGUGUAAACAUAGCCGUUUCUCUGAAACUACUAUGUUUACAGCUGCAGGGUUAAAACCUGGGGGACCUGGCACCCAGACCACUAAAUUGAGCUGAAGUGGUCUGGGUGCCUUUAGUGGUCCUUUAAUUCAGUAAUACUAUAGUGUUAGGAAUACAAACCGGUAUUGCUAACUCUGUAGUGUUAUAUCAUUUUAGAUUCAGGCAAACUCCAGAUUAAAAAAAAAAAAACCUCAAAACAUUGGACUCCCAUAUUUUUUCCCGGUCGCAUUGCUUUCGCCGCGAUCGGCCACUUCCGCUAGCUGAUUAUCAAUUCUAAUGAUCUCAGAGAAUCCAGUGCUUACCUAUGAAGAAGCAUUGUGAGUUAGUGUGCACGUGACAGUCUCCGCUCUAUGAUCAAUCAGUCGCCCUAUACGAAUGCAUUGGGUCAAUGCAUCCCUAUAGGGAGCUUUCUGUGCUGAACAUCAGUCUUCAUUCUUUGCAGAACCUCAUCCAAAAGGUCUCUCCAGAACUGUCCGAGUGACAGCCAUUAAAGGAGGUGUUACACAGCUAUGUAAACUCUCCCUUUUCUCAGAAAAGGUAACUUUUACACUGUUUAGAAUGCAGGGACAGUCUCUGUGCAUCAGAACCACUAUAUUAAGCGGUAGUGAUUCUGGUGCCUAUAGUGUUUGCGGUGUAGCUGUAGAGAUUACUUUCUAUAGAGAAAAAUGUGAGAGAAUGGUGAAGGGUAUUUCGUCAAACUUUCACCUUGUUACUAGAAGUUAUUGAGGACCCCUUCAGUACUUUAGUACUUUUUGGUUCCACACCAUUUCCUCUUGGAAGAAUAGCUCUGUCCAAAUGUCCCCUCAUUGACUUUGUCGGUGUAGUCGUUGCAGCAUUUCAGAAUAUCUUGACACCUUACAAACAAUGGGCCUUUUUCUGUUGAUAAAUGCCAUUGAUGAACAUUUAAGAAGUUUGUGUCACACACCUAAGAAUUGCGAUGGAAAUUGCGCAGUAUGCGCAAGUUAACUUAUUUAGGUCUGUGAACCUUUCUAACUUUUUUUUUUUUUGUUUGAUUUCCUUUUGUGUUUUAUUUUGCACUUUGGAGUAAAGGUAAAAACAGGAAAUAAAUCUGCUUUAGGUUAAAGGGACUCUAUUGGCAUCCUAAUCAACAUCUCAGAGAAGUGGCUGGGGUGUCAUGUCUGUCAUAUUAAGCCUGAAACUAAAAGCAUUGUUGUUAUGUAGGUUUAAACUUGGUUUUCGCUCAGAUGACUUGCAUUUAGAGAAUUUGAUUGGCAAAGCGUAGCAUUUUGCCAUGCAUGUGCUCUAGGUUUGGCUGAGAUCAACAACAUUGAUCUCUGCCAAAGAGUUAGAGCAGCUGAUAAGAAGAACAGAUUGCAGGAUAUAUGGUAAAUACAUUUUUAUCUUUUUUAUUUUUUAUUUUAUUUAUUUAUGUAUUUUUUUUAAACCCCUGCAAGGGAGUAGACACCUAAAUAGGUAGGAGAGAGCUAUAGUAUUGGAAUACAAACGCUAUAUUGUUCCUUUACGACCAGUGCCACCUAGAAACAGAUUAUUUUUAAGCAUUGUUACAUAAUGAGUGACCAUAAAACAAUCACUAUGUUCUGGGAGAGGUGUUUUAUUGCCUGUGAAGUAAAGCAGGUUAGUAAUAUGUUUGGAUAAGUGAGGUUAAAGGCUAAUUUUCUUUAUCUACCUGUCUUUCUCCAUGACUAUUUUUCCAUCCAGCUUCUCUUCCAGUUGUUUAUUUUUUGUUGUUUUUUUGUUUCAUAAGCCAUGUUGCCCUUUGCUCUUUACUUGUAAUUCCGUUUGAGUUGUUAGUAUUCAUAAAAACUAAUUUGGACAUUUGGUUGAGGAAUAUGUAGUGAUAUCUUAAAGUGGCACCAAGGUAGUUGAAUUUAAAGGGAUAAUAAACACCAAAACUAUAAAAUCUUAGUGAUUUUGGUCCAAAGACUCUCUUCCUGCUUUCUCACUAUGUAAAACAUUGCCGUUUUAGAGAAAGGGCAAUGUUAAUAUUUUGAAGACCAACCAAUAGAGGUGUUUGCUUAUUGCACACCUUUGAGUUGUGAAGUCCUCAUCUUCACUGCCAUCGUCGCUUUAUUCAAUUCCUUUUUAUAUGCUGUAGUUCCUCAAUGCUUCUCUCUGGAGAAAAGCAUUGGGUUGGACUUGGAUAAUGUAUAUUGGUGUCUUAAGAAGCAGAGAAGCUACAGUGGGGAAUAUGGCUAGCCCUGAAUUUAAAUCCAUAAAAAAGUAUGCACAUAACUUUACAGAAUCGAAAAUAGAUUAUAAAAGAAAAAAUACAUGAAUAAAUGGACUGUCCUUUUAUACAUGGUAGAGUCAGUUAAUAUGAUUACGUAUCUCUUCUUAAAAGUAGACAUUGAUCAAAGGCACAGACACCAGAAGAACUUCAUCUAAAAAAGUUGUGUGAAUAUAGUCUUCUUGGCUGCGAGCGUCAGCUGACUACUUUCAGCCAAUCAGUGGCACCCCUGCCCAGCGUCCUGUACAUGAAAAUUCUGACGCUGGAUGCCUCCUGGGAGGGGAUGGAGACUAGCGCUGUAUGCAAUUUAGGGAUUGAACGGUUUAACCCUUUGAGGUAAGAGUGCUUCCAGAGGCCUUCUGGCACCAUAACAACUUCAUUUAGAUGUUUUUUUUGUGCCUGAUGUGUCUCUUUAAGAGAAUGCUAGAAGCCAUGAAAUACUAGCCCUGUAAUCCUUCUAUGUACAAAUUGUUGCAUACGUGGAUUGAGAUUUAACAUCUCCUACUUUACCACCAUGAUUUAUGUUUGGAAUGGACAUCUGGCUUAGAGUAGAAUAUGAAAAUCACAUUUACACAUGUUUAAACAUGAGAUUAUGGUGUUAGAGAAAUGGUUACUUUUCGCAAAGCCUACGUUUACACCUUUAUAAACUGAAAUAGUAGCGUGAACAGAUUAAUAUACCUAGGCUAUGUCUUUCUAAUCCAUUUUAUUCUUACCUGUCAGUGUUUGUCAUAUGAUUUGCAUGACUAUUCUUGCCUAUUUUGGUAAACAUAAUAUGCCUUUGAAUUAUACAUUGUGCUAGCCUAACUGUAUAUUGAAAUGAAUAGAUUUUUUUUUUUUUCCAAAAAUUAUUUAGACUGCUAAAAUGUUUCAAUCUAUUAGUGGGUUCUCUCUGUCUCUCUGUCUCUCUGUCUCUCUGUCUCUCUGUCUCUCUGUCUCUCUGUCUCUCUGUCUCUCUCUCUCAUUUAUUUCCAAAUGUUCAUAUUUCUACCAAUUUUUUUUUUUUUUUUUUUUUUACUAGACACAUUGACCAAUAGCUAGUUUAUAACAUGUACACUAUCACAUUAAAUGAACAUCUCAAGAAUAAUGCUUUUGGACAGUUUUUUUUUUUAUUUCUUUUUUUUCUUUUUUCAAGCAGUCAACAGGUCCUGUUCCUAGUAACUUAGUUCAGUGGAGCUAUACUCAAAAGGAAGCAUUUGGAAGUCUGUGAUUGGACAGCCACAAAGUCUGGGCACGGUUCAAAGGGAAGGGCUUUCAAAGGCCACAGACAAAAGAACUUCAACUUAUACAAGCUCAUUAUAGAUAUACCCACUGUAGGAAAAAAUACAUACAUACAUACAUACAUACAUACAUACAUACAUACAUAUGUUUUCAUUGGGACUAUAUCUAUUAAAUAUAGUGAUUUAAAAAAAAAAAAUGUUAUACUAUAUUUUGUAGAUUUACAAUUUUAUAUUCUCUACUUUUAUGUAGAAAUGAUAGAGGGCGCGUAUGUAAUUUGUAGUAUAAGUUUUGGAUUAAUGAACAGAUGCCCAAGAAAUUUUUAUGAAAAGACAGAACAACUCUAUUAGUAAAAGAUUUAAAGACAACUAUCAUCAAGCUUUCACUUUUUUUUUUUCUUUUUCACCUUGUCUGAGCAGCCAUGUUUGGUAAAACUCUGUUACCUUGGCCUGCUGCUCAACUUAAAGGGACACUACAGUGCCAGGAAAACAAACCGUUUUCCUAGCACUGCAGGUACCCUCUCCUUCCCACCACCCAUCCCAUGUUGCUGAAGGGGUUUCAGUGACUUACGUGAGACCCCCCGCUGGUGGUGGUUUCGGGUCCGCCCACACUCCUCCCCGCCGAUUGCGCGGCCGCCGGCGGGGGAGACUGCAUGCGCGGCAGUGCCGCGCGCAUUAGACCUCUCCAUAGGAAAUCAUUAAAAAUACCUUGCUUUCCUAUGGGAAAUUGAGCGACGCUGGAGGUCCUCACACAGUGUGAGGACAUCGAGCGACGCUCUAGCACAGAAAACCUGUGCUAGAAACCAGGAAAUGCCCUCUAGUGGCUGUCUAGUAGACAGUCACUAGAGGAGGAGUUAACCCUGCAGCUGGAAGUAUUGCAGUUUUCAUAAACUGCCAUAAUUACAUUGCAGAGUUAAGGGUAGUGGGAGUUGGCACCCAGACCACUCCAAUGGGCAGAAGUGGUCUGGGUGCCUGGAGUGUCCCUUUAACUCCCCUGCUGCUGCAGUUUCACACAGAACACUCACAGCAUCAGGCCAUAGUUUCUCAAGAUAAUUGAAUUACUUUACUGAGAGAUCUAUUUCCAGCAAGUGAUAACAGCAACCUAACAGAACCUUUGGUGUUGAGUUCACUCACAGAAUUAGAUGUAGCUUAAAAUCCACUGCUGUAAACAGGGAAUGAGCUAUGGUUAGCCUUUCAGGAGUGUUCUGCAAAGUUAUUGCAGCCUAGGUGUAGAUCCAGCAAUUCACGAUACAGAAGCCAUAAAAAAAAUGUCUGAAUAAUGUUAAUAUAUUCCUUGACACCAGCACAGUUCUAUUCCCUCCUUUCUUGUAGUUCUCUUACAUUUAGAAAUUAAAGGAGCACUCAAGCAACAUAACCACUCCACCCUCCACCCACAGAGUACAGAGUGAGACCAUUUAGCAACAGUUUGACUUCUUAUCUGGUUUCCACAUCGCACCUUCUCUCUGCCGGAAGCUCCCGAUUCAAAGCUUCUGUUGGGUUUUCUUUAGCUAAGCAAAGUGGUCGAUAGCUUCCAGCAGAGUGUUGAGCGGCAACUGACAGACCUCUGGUAUGUAGUCAGAUUGUCACUGCUUACAUUCACCAUAAAUGCUACACCACGCUCUAGUAGUUCUGACGCAUUGAAAAGUAUAAUUACGUGUUUUUAAAAACUGUGGUAAAUAAGGUUUGCCCUACUUUUAUAAUCACAUGUUUUGGUGCAUUAGCUUAAUUAAAGCCCAGAAUCUGUGUGGUGCUUGGUAGAUUUCCAUUUCAACCUGUUAUUCAAUGAAAAAUAUAAUGGUAACAAAAGUUUUUGUGAAACAUAGCUUUUACUCAAGGUUAACUUGUCACAUAAAGCACACAAUAGCAUUUGUCUGUCUUAGCACAGUGCGACUUGAUGCUAUAAUUGUCAUGCUGAGUAGGUUAGCUAAUAGACAUUUAAAUUACAUUUUACUAUUUCUUUUAGGUGUAUCAUUUCAAUUCGGACAGCUAUAAGACACAAAACCAGCACUAUGGAAGAAGCUUAACUAAAGAAACUAUAAAGGAUGGUGAGUGACCUUAAUGUUUGCAAUCUCCACUAAUGUCUCUUGCUCUCUCCUAAAGGGCAGCACUUUACUUUCUCCUCCACCUCUGCUUCACUCCCACCUUAUUUGAUUGCUAUUUCCUGUUCUAAUGUGUUUUAUACCCCACCUCCUAUAGACUGUAAGCUCAUUUGAGCAGGGUCCUCUUCAACCUAUCGUUCCUGUAAGUUUUCUUGUAAUUGUCCUAUUUAUCGUUAAAUCCCCCGUCUCAUGAUAUUGGAAAGCGCUACGGAAUCUGUUGGCGCUAUAUAAAUAGCAAUAAUAAUAAUGUCUGUUUCAGUUGCUAAAGAGUAAGAGUAGUUAAUCAUUUCCAGUGUUCCACAAUAGGUAUGUGUUUGCAGAUCUAAGCGUUAAGAUAUCUUAAAUUGUCUUAAGUCCAAGAUAACUGGGGAAAGUAAUACCAGUUUUGGAGUAAAUGUUUAUGGCAGGUGUUUGUAACCCAUGCUAAAUGCAUGUGCCAAAUAGUUUUGAAAUUUAUCUGCAUUUGAUUUUUAUCAAGUUGGCAUGCCUGAUUACUGUUGUAUAACAUGGAGCUGACAGCUCCAUAAAAUAUUAACUCAUUAAAAUGGGUUAUUCUAGUUCCCUAAAGCAGCAGUAGUGAGUACUUUUGGUUUCAAUCACGGUGAAUGACUUAUUAAGGGAUUAUUGCAGAUCGUGAUUACCUCAUUACAUGCUUUCAUAUGAAACUCUUAUCCAUUUUAAUAUGAUAUGAUGGAAUUGUUUAUGCCCUUUUCACUUUACAGGUGUGUCCAAAUUCUUUUAUAAUGGGACUUCACUGAGAAAAGAUGUAGUAGCCAACUGCAUUCAACAAGUUCAGAGCAUUCUAGCAUGGUUUGAAAACCAAGAGAGUCUUAAUUUUUAUGCAAGUUCGUUACUAUUUGUCUAUGAGGGUUUACCUUCACAAAUCACUAAAAGACUUAUUGAUGGAAGUAUGGUGGACAAAAGAGUUGUCCAGAGAGGAAUUUUGACCGAUGGUGAGUUGGCAGAAUGCAACAACAACAUACAUGUAUUAAGCGCUACAGAAAAUGGCAAGCCUGAAGAUUCUUUAGAAAAGAACCUGUCUAGGAGAUAUGGAAAUCAGAAGAAGGCUUGUUCCAAGCGUCAUCACAGUCAGGUCUCUAGGGAAGUGGAAAGCUCGGAUCGAGACAAUACGAGGAAAAGUCGAAACAAUAUCUCACAAGAACAUGUGAAUGGAAACCUUAUUCCCAAACUGGAAAAUGUAUUUUGCCAUGUUCCUGCAGAUCUGAAUCCAUGCAGCCAGGUAGAUGUACGGAUGAUUGAUUUUGCGCAUGUUUUUCCAAGUAAUGGCAAAGACAUAGGCUACAUCUAUGGACUCAAGAAUUUGAUUGCUGUGCUGCAAAGUAUCUUAACUGACUGAAGAUCUCCUGUAAUUUAAAUGGGGGCCAAUGACACGAUAAUCAAGAACAGCAUACCUUCAAGAAUACUUGCACUUGUAUUUGUUGUUAACUGGAUAUUUUUAUUGUGAUUCUAUAUCUUAACCUGAUUUUGUUUUUUCAUCUUGGUGGAGUGGUCUAGCUUUUAUAAUAUUACUCAGGAAAAUUAAAGUGGUAUGUAAGCAUCAGAAAAAAAAGCUUUUAAUAUGAGCAUAAUCGAGUGGAUGGUGUUUCCUUUAACAGUAGAAUGAAGUGGUUAUCAUGGUGCUAAUGUUGAGGGACCCACUUCUGAUGACCUUUAGAUUAAACUAACAUGAUUUAUGGGACCAUACUCUUUAAGGCAACUUUUGUUAUUUGCCUUCAAUUGUUUUAUUUCCAUCAUAAGAAAAAUUGUGCCUUCAUAAAUAUUUCUGUGAGAUUUUCUAAUCUUCUCGCAGACAAUAUGUAAUGGAGGUGCCACCUCAGUUGGAGCUUACCAAGAACUUUAAAGAUUUAUUUGUGUAUAAUGUAAAACUAAAUAGUUUGGAUACUGAGCCACAUAGAUAUGUAAAAUAUUUUGAUUGUUGCUAUUGAGCUUGCUGUUUACAACCUUCCUAAACAACUGGAAAGAGAGCCAAUUUAAGGAUGUAUAAGUUUACACCUUUUCAUUUUUGAGAGUAUCAUUGCAAACUUUAACCGUAUUUAAAAAAAAUAAUAAAAAAUAAAUAUAAGUCCACAAUUGGAAGGGGAGGAAAGGAAUGUGGGUUGGGCAUUAGGAACAAAACUGCUCAUUCUAAAUAGUCUUACUGGAUUUUUACUAAGCCAACUUGCUUGACCCAGUAUUUAACAAAAUUGAAGAAAGAAUGACUACACACGUUAAAAACUUGUAUGGUAAAUACAUAGUCAUGUCAGACUAAAGUCGCACAUAUUUCUCCAUAUGUUUCUGAAGAUCGCUAACCAUUUUUUGGUUUUCAAUUACCUUUUUAAUCUUUUCGUCCUAUGACUAUGCUGAUGUCCAUCUUAAACCACAAGUCAAAGUUUCAUGGUUUCAAAUCCCUUCUGCAGUGUAAAAGUUAAAAUUGAAGAAAACAAAUGCCUUUCCUUAAUGUGCAAUUAGGAAAGCCGUUUCAUUAUAGAUUUUUGGCUUUAAAAUGUAUAGACAAAAUGCAUUUUCCAUGACUGAUUACCCCCUUUUUCCUUUCUUUACUAAAAUCUAUUUUGUGUGCAGUUAUGUCAUGUAAUUUGUGUAAUGAUCUAAUGUUCGUAUUAAUAGCACCAUGAUUAAUCCUAGAAAUGCAAAACAUUUGAAGAGACACUUUAGGGACCAUAACUACUUAUUAUAAUUGAAGUGGUUCUGGUACCUGAAAUCCUCUGGCACCAUGUCACUAUUCGCUGUUAAACCGAUUUCAAACCAUUCAUUACAAAAUAAAGGGUCCUUGGGCACCUAUGUAACACUGCAAUAUGUGCAAUGGGUGAUAGACUAAGAGAGCUCAGGUAACCGUUUCAACCUGUCACAGUAGCCUGUUGAUGUUUGGGAUAAUUUGGACGCAGACUGGGACAAUAAUUGCAUGGCAUCCGGGAGCAUUAUUCAGUCUCAAACAACUUUGAAACUAUUUCUCGUUGAAUAGUGGCACUACUCUUGGGACUCCAGGCACCAUAAUGACUUCAAUGAGAUAAAGUAGUUAUGGUACCUAGAGUGUUUGUUUUGGCUAAUGGUUUGAUUAAGCCUGGUGAUUGUAUAUUUUAUUUUAUUUUUUAAAAUUUGAAUUAACAUGUAUGAAGAAUGGAUUCCUUGUUCUCUGUUAAACUAACUUUCUUUAACUGUUUUUUUUUUUUUUUAGCUUUUUCAUAGUAACAAGCUUAGAAUCGACAGUCUAUUUCUUAAAAUUAGUGUGCUUUUUGGCAAAUAUUGAUUUGAUGAUUUUUUUUUUUUCUUUUUUGUACGUGAUUUUGGACAGCCAUCAAAAACCUGAGAUAUCAUGAAACUGUUUGCAGUAAUCCUUUAACAGCAUUCAAAAAUCCUUCCAAGUUCCAGGGGUUUGUUUUCCAUGUCCUAAACCUCUAUUCUUAUUUUUGAAAGAUUGUUGUGUCUCUAGAUGGAUUUCUGGUUAAAGCUGGCUGUUUUCUGAGGUUUAGCACUUCUGGAUCAAAAUGUAUUGAAUUUUUCAACAUUUGCUAUAGUGUUUAGAAUUGGCAUGCAUAUUUUCUAUAUUUGCCUUCCUAGAAUUAAAUUAUUUUUAUAUUUUUUUUUAUUUUAUUAUAUUAUAUUAUAAAGUGUGCACUACUCCUAAGAGUCCAUAUAUUUCCUUGGUGUUAUAUGCAGCGGGUGAUAUAAUUAAAUAAGGUAUAUUUUUUCCAGAAACACUGUUUUUUUGUUUUAUGAAAAACAGACCAUUUUAGAUAUCCUCCCCUUUAUUCCCAGCCAACACCUCUUGUGGUACCCAAUCACACAUUUCCUAAUGCCACUCAUUAAGACUUUUUUGCAAGGCAGUUACUCUGGGCAAUUACUCGCUUCUUGAGCUUGGCUUCACAAAGGUAAAAUACCAGGAAGUAACAGGACUUUUUCUCCCUAGAAAGCAUGCCUUUUCCUUCCAUCAAACUGGAACUUUGCAUGUCCCAUUUGUUUUUUGUUUCUCAUCCUCCCCAAUAAGUCUAUAUCGGACAGGGUCGUUACUUGUGCAUUUCAUUAUCUGUAACUGUGAUUUGAAUUGUAACUCUUUUUACGCAAGUUACAGUAACCUAUUAAUACAAACGUGUUUUUUUUUUUUUUAUUGGGGGGAGGAGAGGGGUGAAUAAUAUUUGUGGCCUGCUGCCUGAAACGGUAACAAGUAAAUUGGGGAAAAAAAACCUUAGACAUGUAUACAUAUUUGACCUCUUCCCCCCUCUCCCCUCCCCCCCUUCUCACUGGCUACGAUAAACUCCCUAUUUUGUCGGUUUGGCUAAUUUGUCAAACUAAAGCUUUCAUAGACUGGGUCCUGGCACCAUAACAACUGCAGUAAGCUUGAAGUCAUAAUGGUGCCUAGAGUGACCCUUUAAAAGGACCACAUACCAUAGGUUGUUAAAGACCCAAUAAGUCAUGAAUUUGAAUAUUUCAAGCUGAAACUUGUGAAAAUUGGAAGACUCUUCAUAGAAGAGAUAACACAGCAAUUAAAGUAAUGGAUGUUAGAAGCUGACUAUCAUAAAUUUUUCAGUUUUCGAACUUUGAAUCGUAUUCCACAGUGGACCGUGGGAGUGUCAACACAGAUAUAGUGACUUUACCAGCAUUAGCGCUACACAUACUUACUAUAUAAAAUUAUUCUACUCUUAAAGACUUCUGUAUAAUUUGAGUCCCAAAAACUUUUUGCCAACUUAAAAUGUCACCAUAUUUUAAACCUCUAUAACUCAGCUUUGAGUAUGUAUCAUAACAGAAAUAUUGAGACUAUUUAUUUUUAAAACUUUUUUUACUUAACGGUUUAGAAUUUUUAUCAACUGAAAUAUAAGGUUUUACUGCUGAUUCUGGAUUGUUUUAUAGGCCAUUAUAUCCCAAACAGGUCCAUAAGAACAUCUAUCAAUCCACAAUGUUGGGAUUUAAAAUUCUGUUCCAAUGGGCGGUAUUGACAAAGCUUUGAAUAUGUGAAGUCCUUUUUUUUUCUUUUUGUCCAUUACACAAUUUUUUUGGGGUAUCAUUAAAAAUAGUCUGCUAGUAAGUCAAUUGAAAGAGCACUUGUGAAGUCAGCUGUAUGAAGAGUAUCUGUUGCAUUGAAAUAAACUUAUUUUGAGCAUGGAUAUUUUCAUCUAGUGUAAUUACAUUUUAAAUGUAUAUCUUUGACUAAGCUGGCAAAUUAUUUUUUUAAGAGUUACUAAUGGUUUUCCACCACUGAUAUGAUCUAGAUGUUGUAGAUGGUUGUUUGUGUUUCUUGUUUAAAACACCAGACUGCACAAACCUAUUUUUCCUAAGAGUACAAAUAGUCUUCUGGUAUUCUGCAUUUAGAAUGAAAAUGGUAAUCUAGAGCUUUAUAUGGCAUGAUGUAUGGGACAUACAUUUGCAGCAUUAAUUUGGUUAUGCCAUAUCCCCUCAUCCCCUCCAUUUUCCUAAUGAUUAUGAUAAUAUUGGAGUGCCUUUUUAGCCCAUUAAGUACCAAAAAGUCAAGCUACUAUUAAUCCAAAUAAUAUGAUCUAUUGCCAGGUCAAAGUAGUUGAUACACUUACAAAACUGUGUAAACAUGCAAUCACAUUUUCUCUGAGUAUUGGGUAAAUGAACAAGUGAUCGGUGUCAGAUUCCUAGUUUUUAAGUAAAACAUGCCCAAAAUAAAUUUUUAAGCAGAGCAAGAUGUGAUUUAUUUGUAGAAUUGUAGACUUUUUUUGAAAUUAAUUUUUUUGUUUGUAUGGCCGUGUAUCUGAGAAAAGACCACAAAAGACUUCUCCAACAGCAAUGUUUUGCGUUCCUUAAUAUUUUGAAAUGUAAAAAUAUAUAUAUUUUUUUUAUAAUCAAAAACUUGAAGAUGCCCUUUAUCACCCAUCAUUAAUGGCAUGCGUUCACCUUAACAUCUUGGGUUGUUCUCACAAGACCAUUUUAGAUUUGACGAGAUCAAUACAUUUCACACUAGGUCAACUAAUGGGGCCCUCACUUUGGAAUUCAUAAAAAAAGUUUAAAAAAAACCCAAAUUUUUAUAUAUAUAUAUAUAUAUAUAUUUUUUUUUUUUUUCUUUUUUUUUGAUAUUUCAUUAUUAUAUUUCCAAAAAAUUUCACAAUAUUUUAAUUUUUUUUUUCUUUAACAUAUAAGAUAUUGUCUGCCACUAUUGUGUACACAGUUUGAGUCUUGAGUUGGAUGUGCAAGAUAUUGGCUGAGGCGACUGGUAGCAGUCUUUUUGCUUUUUUUAACAGACCUCCUUUUAAGAGUGACUUUAGACAUAACCCUGCUUCUACAAUUAUGUGUAUAUUUGAAUUGAUAUAUUUGUGAUGACAGUUUACCUCUAAUUUGGUGUGAUAUGAGACCAAAAUGGCUGCUUCCAGCAAAAUUAUUUUGUGUACUUUUAUUUGUGUACUUUAAUUCAAAUGUGUUUUGUUUUCAUUCUUGUGACAAAUAUUUUGUUAUAUGCCUUAUCUACAUUCACGUUUCAAGAUUAAUUUAUAAUUAUUUUGGUGUUCAAUGCUAUUAUGAGAGAGGGUGGUUUUCAAAAAUUAAAAAUUUGUUUCAGUUGAUACUUCUAAUGCUUUCCGAUUUGGGUUCUAUAAACUCUGUGAACUGACUGUUUUAUUAUUUUAGCUGCAUAGAAUUUCUAAGGAAAAGUAAAGAUUUGUAUGCUUGCAACCGAAUAAUGAAAUUGUGUGCACACAGGCACUUUAAUUCUCUGGGAUAUGUACUGGAAGUUGUAUGAAAUAUUUGGAAAAUGCAUUGAAACUUUUAUCCUAACUGUUCAUAAAACUACAGUACUAAAAUCUGUUCUACUUAAUAAAAGAAUGUAUGUUGAGUAGUACAAUGUAAUUUUGAUGUUUAAUAAUUUUGUGAUGUUUUAAUUUUGGGUAAUCUUUACCACUACAUGUAAGUAUACAUUAAAAUAUAUAUAUAUACACCUAGUGACCAUUUAUUUUUCAAAAGAAUCUAAUACGUUAUUAACUUUUGUAAAUGUAAGUGAUAUUUAGGUAGCUAUAAUACCUGUAUAUUUGACAUACCUGAAUUGCUAUUAAAAGUGUUGUUAUUUUUAUUUUUUUCCUCUCUAAUUCUUGAUUUUCUGUGUGGAUUAUUUAAUCCUUGUGAUAACAUGUUACUCAAAACUUUUUUUUUUUUUUUAAUAUGGUUCUAUAGGUGAUUGAUAAUUCAAAGGUUCACUGAUGUGAUUUCAUCAUUUUAAUUUAAAGCAUGUAAAAAAACAAAACACAAAUCCAAACAUUUUUACUUGUACACUAUCGGAGGAUGAGGCUUCAUGGGAACGCAACUGAGGCAAUAGAACAUACAAUUUUUUAAAAGGACACUGUAGGCACUCAGACCACGCUUUUGCGCUUUACGCUUUUGCACUUAGUGCUGCAAUGUAAAACAUUGCAAUUCCAGAGAACUGCAAUGUUUACAUUGCAGCUCUGUCUGUUCUGUGACUAUCUACCAGACCGUAACUCGAGGCUUCCGGAAUCCAAACUAACUUUUGUUACGUUAUGACACUGGAUGUCCUCAUGGACCCCCAGCGUCGGAUUUUCCCCAUAGGAAAGCAUUGAAUAAUUGCAUGCGUAUUAGGUCUCCGUCUACGGGGGAGGAGCAUGGGCAGAGCCUGGCUUCAGGUAAGUGGCUGAAGGGGGGCCCAGAGGGAGGGGACACACACACCUACUAACCCUAUAGUCCCAAGAAAACUGUUUUCCUGUCACUAUAGGAUCUUUUUAAACGUUUACAGUGCAAAUAGGGGGAUUUUGUCACACCCUAUGGGACACCCUAUUGGACACAAAGCAGCAAGGAUUGCAGUAAGCAAGUUUAAAGGGACACUGCACUGCCCAAAUAACACGGUUUAUCAUUGGGGGAAUAAAAUCAACUUUUAAAAGUUGAUGUCUUGUGUAUUGCAUUUACAAGCCCUCAAUUUCUAACACAGCACAAACUUUCUGUCGCUGUCCAAUUGCCUGCCUAUUUAGCUUCACUGAGCUAAACAAACCAGGAAGUAACCAGACUAGUUGUCUGCUUGAAUGCCAGGGGCUGUAACCAGGUUCAUUAACAAAAGUGCCAAUUUCUACAGAAAUCUGCACAAUUUAUAAAAUGAAAAAAGAGGACAUGCUCUUCAGCAAGAUAAAAUGCUUGAGUUUCAGUGACUCAUAAUUUAGGGUAUAUUCACUUUCACAGAUGUAGUAAAUUGCAAAGACAAAACAUACCCAGGACAUACAUAAUGCAACCACAAUAACAAAUAUUGGAUGAAUAGGAUGCACUAGAGAGCUUCCAACUGUCUGCGAGGCAUUGAUUGGCCUCUGCUGGACCCCAGGUAUGAAGUCAAAGCGUGACUACAUACAUGGGGGAGAAGCCAGGGCACUCGUCAUACCAUAUGCUAUGUAAUAUGCACCACGAUCCAGUAAAAGAUCAUUUUGAAUUCUGCAAUACCUUUUAGCUGCACAUUUCAUUAGUAUAAAACGUGACAACGAACUGGCCUAAACACAUUACUACCACAGUAAAUCUGUUCUUUUCCUUGGGAAAGCCCACAUCUUGUGUAACAGUCUGCAAGAACUAAAGCCACGUUUGUUCUGUAUGUUUCAGGGCACACGCCAAGACCAUGCCUCAAUGAAAAGUACCCUAAGCAGUACUUAACGUCUGUUCAAAUUUGUUUUGUCAUAACUGUCUAACCAUCCAUCCCCACACUUAAUAGUUCCUAAUCUCUGUGUUAAAACCAUGAGUAAACCCUGUUUUACUUUCCUUACCAACAGACAUAUUGAAAA